UUCGCGUUCGGCGCUGUGGUUGUCCAAACACGUCACCCCCACAAUCAAUCGUGCAAGAAGGCCCCUUGCACCGUUGCAAUCGGUGUUUUGGCAUAGCUACGGAACUUAAACCGUUGUUAUAUUAUAGUUACCGACCCUUCAGCGCAUAGUCGCCCAUCGACAGAAAGGACGCGUCUUAUACCGUCCGACAAAGUCCAAGGAUGCGUUGGACCAGCUCAUCUCUCGUGACAGGCCUUGCCUUCUUGGCCUCUGCCAAUGCACUUCUUGAAUCACAAGCCGGCGUAAUAGACUGGAACAAAGCCCAGCUUGGGGUCCCAUUUACGCGCUCAAUUGCCACGGCACCAUCAUUACAUGCACCACCACGAAAGUCAAGGUUGAAAACGAAGGCACCUCCAGGAGAAGGGAUGUUAAUCAGUGGGACACAUAGUAACGUGUUGGGUGCGGUGCAUGCGAAUAAUGGAUCAGUUGCAUGGAGGUGGAUAUACGAACCAGAAGAUCCUAUCAUUGGCUAUCACAAACAUGACGAUGUUGUUGCGUCACUAUCGGGACCAGGUGGCGCCACACUUCGGACAUUCGACUAUACUUCAGGGGCCCUCAUCGUAGAACGGCGUCUGCAUAAACCGGAGUCCGCCCGUCUACUUGAACCAGACCACACCGGUGCUUCCAUCGCCUUCGUUUCCUCUUCGGCCUCAGAGUCGAUCGACCUCAUUGUCUUGACGGAAGGCCACGUCGUACGGAAGUUAGAUAGUACGGGUAAAGAAUUGUGGAAAUGGAUUUCACCGGAUCAGACGUCUCAGGUCAUCUACUCAAAGAUCAUCGCCACACCCACAACGGCCUACAUUGUCGGCCUCUCUAAAUCUUUCGCCUCAUACACUCUUCACGUAACAUCUCUGUCCACCUCCUCAGGCGCGGAACUGGCCUCGGCAAAUAUCCCGUCCAGCAUCACCGACGGUCCUUCAUCCCUUCUCUCCCUGUACCCAACCACGUCCGCCCCUCAAAUUGUCUGGCUCGAAUCCGGCACCAUCAAAUCCGUUGCACUCACACAAAAGCUUGACUCGAAGCCUACAGCCAUCAAAGCCGCGUCAUAUGAGCAGGUACUGGAUGUAGGAUUGGCGGAGCAGGGGUAUUUUGUGGCUUUGAAGGCGGGAGAUGGGACAGCAAGGAUUGUGAAAUUGACCGAAGAGAAGGAAGGGUUGAAGGUUGUUUGGGAAUUUGCUGACUCGGCCAGGUCGGCUGUGAAUGCGGAGUCGAUGUAUGUGGGUGGAUUGGACGGCGAGGGCAUGCCGUAUAUUGGGAGGGUGUUUUGGUCGCAUGCUUUGAAAAAAGGCUCCGCACAUGUGUACGCGCCACAUCUCGCAGACGGAAAAGGUCUCGUCUCAGGCUUCACCUUCGCCUUCGACACCAACACGCAUGGUAUCCUAACUCAUGCGGCCCUGCAAGUCCCCUACCCACAAGCUUACGACCUCGUCCCCUACCUCUCUCUCACUACUUCAACUGGCGCGAUUCAACUCUGGCAAGGCGAUCGUCUCCUCUGGACGCGCGAAGAGUCACUCGCACAUAUCGCCGUAGCUGAGAUGGUCGAACUUCCGGAGGCUCGCGAUAUUCUCAGUAGUUCUGGUGACCACAGGACGGAAUCUUUCAUCGAGAGGGUGCAACGCCAGAUCGUCGACGCCAAGGACCUACCUGCUUACCUCGUACACUUCAUCAAGCGCUUUGCUACGGGGUCUUAUGCAUCCGCUUUGACCGCUCCUACUCCUGCGCUUACCGGUACCGUCAAUCCCACGAACGAGACUGCAGCUAUCGUUGAGCUUGCUCGUGAUGAGUUCGGGUUCCGCAAGAUUAUAGUCGCGGCUACUGAGUACGGAAAGGUGUAUGGUUUGGACUCGAGUAAUGGGGAGAUUGUAUGGAGUAGGGUGUUUGCGUUGGGUUGGGCGGUGGAGGUGGGUGCAAAGAUCGUGCCUGUGAAGGUUUUCGUGGUGAGAGCCGUGGGGGAUAUUGAUGACGAGGGAAAGACGGCUGGACCUGAGGUCGUUGUCGUGGCGCAGAGGAUUGCUGAUAAUGGUCUGGUGGAUACGGUGCUGUUCCAUGUCAACGCACUUACAGGCGAGAAUGUGAGGGAAGAGGAGAAAAAGGGAGCAUUACUGCAGGGUUUCGACAUCAUUCAGGGCCCUAUCGUCGACGCCUACUUGCUUCCAACUGACGAGGCGAAAGUUGUCGUACUCCUCGACGAGUUCCUCCAGGUCUACCUCUACCCCGAAACCGACAUCACGAAAUCCCUCUUCGCAUCCCUCUCCCCAAGCCUCCACUUCCCACUCCGGACAGGCCGCCCAGGAGCCCGCCAACUCACAGGCCACUCGAUCGCUCCUGACUCUGGCCUCUCCCGCCACACCGCCAGUGGCCCAACAUGGCAGACCUCACUCCCUCCCGCACACGACAUCAUCGAAAUCGUCAGAAAACCUACGGGUCCAGUGGCCAGCCUCGGAAAAGUACUGGGUAACCGUACCACGCUAUACAAAUACCUCACCCCGACGCUGUUCGCUGUGAUCUCUGGAGGAGCGGAGGACUGCGCCAUCAGUGUGUUGGAUGGGGCGAAAGGGAGUUUGGUGUAUAGUGUCAUGUUUCCAGGUGGGGGAGGGUGUGAGGAUGUGAAGGCAAGCUUUGUGGAGAAUUGGUUGGUGUAUGUGUUUUGGGAUGGGGAGAGUAAAGGGGUUGGGGAGGCAAAGGGGUAUAGGAUGGUUUCGGUGGAGUUGUAUGAGGGCAAGGGGGCGGAUGAUAAGACACGGAGUUCCGAUAUGUCGUCCUACUCGAACAAGAGCCUCGAUGUUAGGGCGAUCAGCCAGUCGUUCGUGUUCCCACAUGGGGUCACGGCUCUGGCUACGACUUCCACUAAGUUUGGUGUGACGACGAAGGAUCUCAUCGUUGCGAACGAGAAGCACCAGAUCCAGUCCUUCCCGAGAAGACUGCUAGAUCCCCGUCGACCAAAACAAAAGCCCACGGCAGAAGAGCAAGAAGAGAUGCUUUUCCAGUAUGAUCCCCUCAUCCCAGACGACCCCCGUCGCGUUCUCUCACACACUUACGAGGUUGCAAAUGUCCGCCAAGUACUGACCUCCCCCGCUCUCCUCGAAUCCACCUCCCUCGUCUUCGCCUACGGUCUUGACCUCUUCUUUACACGCGUCACGCCCUCAGGAACGUUCGAUAUCCUGAGUGAGAACUUCAAUAAGGUACAAUUGGUGUUGACGAUUACUGGAUUGGCUGUGGCAAUUAUUGUGACGAAGCCGAUGGUGGAGAGGAAGAGGUUGAGGGAGAGAUGGUACCAGUGAGGUGAACGUUUCGUGAGGAAUACUGAGUGGAUAUUUAUGCUUUGUAAAGGAUAAGAUGAUGGAUACAUAGAUGUGGACAAUAAAACCGACUGGGGGGUGUCUGC